UACAACGCGGAAAUAGCGAGGUCGGGUUAUUUUUUAUACUUUUUUUUCUUAAAGUACCAAUACGCGUGAAGGCUUGUCAACUGGUGUAUGGAGUCUCCGCGGCCAUUAAUGUUGACAUUGGGACCUGUCACACUGUGACCCUUAGAGCGUAUCUAGCGACUCGCCAUGUUGUGUAGUUGCCUGUGCGGUUUUAACGCGUCCAGGUGAAUUGGACCUCGAAAGCAGCAAACUCCUACUCGGGUCUCCGUGUGCUGUUUACAUACACACCGGACGAUAUAUGGCUUUGAAAAUGUGAAAAGCCUGUUUCAUAACCAAUAACUUACGCCAGCCAUUCCCUAUAGAGAAGACCACGAUGACACUGACUGUCUACCGAUUGUAAACGUGACACUUGUUCCUAGGUGGGAACGUUGAAAGCAUAUCUUCACGACAGAAGACGAUGCCCGUAUGACCGGCGUGCUGGGAGUUCGAUUAUAAAAAAGGAGUAAAAGGAGUUUACUAAAACGAUGACGGAAAGAGACAAUAAGAGAAGCAAGCCUCUGUUAGGCAAAAAGCCUCUGCAGAAUCGGCGACAGUCCUCCAAAGAUAGUUCCUGUGAUGAGUACAAGGCAAAGAAAGUCCGUCGUGCCAAUGAGGAUAACUGCACCACCUGCCUUAGAGGAACGCUCCAUUGCUACAAUGUUUGCAUCCUGGUGAUUGGCUGUGCAGCUUUAGGGGUUGGCAUCUGGCUGUUGGUGACAGACUUCGGUGCCAGGAAGGUGACCCCCAUCGUGGGCAACCAGCUUUAUGAAGUGACCACGUACCUUCUGAUAGCAGGGGGUGGGUCCGUGGCACUGUUAGCUUUCUGUGGCUGCUGCGGGACAAUACGAGAAGAUAAAUGUGUUCUGUCAUUUUAUGGAACGACAUUAGCCAUAGUACUCAUAGUGCUAGGAGUGGCUUCAGGUCUAGCCUUUUUCUUCAGAGGAGUGCUGGCUACUCAUAUUCAAGGCAGAAUGAAGCAUUCGUUGACAGAGCAGUAUGGAGUAGAUACUCGGUCAAAUUCUGAAAACAGAAGAGUUACCGAUGCAUGGGACGCCAUGCAAAGACAGCUUCAGUGUUGUGGUGUAGAAGGGAAUGUAUCCUCCUUAAAUUCCUGGGCCUUCUAUUUUACAAACACGCUAUGGUUUCAAAAGGAGAAAGAAAAGGGUACCAAUGCCAGACAGGUCCCCGACAGCUGCUGUCGGAGUGGAGAUAAAGCUAUCUGCACAGGACAGACUUACUUCGCUGGACCACCAAACCAUAUAAAUGCUCACGAUGCAAAGAGAAGAAAAAAGAAUCCUUAUUUAUAUACAGAGGGCUGUUACGACAACCUGGAAAGUUACCUGAUGACAUACGCUGCAGUAGCUGGGAUAGUGGCAGCCGUGGUGCCCUUAUUUUUAGUUUUUGGAAUAAUAAUUUCCUUUUGUUUGUGUGCGAGAGUGUCGGGCAGCGCGUCUGAGGAUGAAGUGGACUUGUAGUGAGGAGAGCAGCAUCCGUCCACUGUCCUGACGCAGCCAACUACACCAGUGCCUCAUUGAUGCAAUCUUACAACAAUCGUCCAUUUGAUACCGCUUGGUCAAAACAAACUCUCACACCUGUUUUCCAAGUCACAUACACACUCAAAGAGCCUAAACAUCCGAGAAUUGAUGGCAUCGCAUACAAGAUGUUGAAAAUAUACAACAGAAUUCCUUUUAGUGGAGAUGUGAAAUUUGAGAAUUUCAAGUCAUCUUGUUCCAGACGUGAAAAAUAUUGGAAUGGAUUCUGUUUUUUGAGGGGAGCCUUGAAAGUCGAGAUAUUUGUUCAUCUUGUACACCAAGAUGUGAAAUAACGGCAUCUAGUAUAUGCUGUGAAAAUACUGGAAACUACUUUCCUUUUUGAUUUUUUUUGUUUUGAAGUCAUGAAAUUUGAGGAAUUCAGAAUUCAGUCAUCUUGUUUUAAGAUGUGAAAGUAUCGUGAUGGAUUCUUUAUCAAAGGCUGUGGUUCCUCUGAUUCCAAUGUUUUUUUGAGAUGUGUUGAUGGUGUAAGGUUGUGUGGUUAGACUGCUCGAGUAAUAUAUCUGGUGAAGUGGUGUAAUCUAUUCAAGUUUGGUUGUGUGAUCAUGUUAUGGCUAAAACAGCUUAAAACUGAAAUUUUUUUCUAAUGAAAAUGUUUAACAUCGAGGCAAGUUGGGAGUAAACAAUCGGAUACUGUUCUGUUUGAGCAUGUUUGAUGGCUGAUUGUGUUUCAGCCAUAUUCAUCAGUGUAUGAUCAUGAUUUUUUUUUUUAUUAAUACAAAAGACAGCAUCAGAAAUAUGCCCAGUUUACUGUAUUGUAUCCAAUCAUUUCAUGCUUUUUUGGCUUUUUUUUCAUUUCUAGUUUUGUUACAUCUUAUGCAUAUGUAGUUUACAUGAAUAUAUUUGGAUUUUUUUUUUAAUGUGAAUGAAUCAUGAAUGAGUGAAAAUUACGGAGUUAUAAGUUUGUUAUUACUGAUCAGAGUAACAACAUUUUUUUUUAUGAUCCAUUUGUGAUGAUGCAUCAACAUAAAAAAAUAAAUUUAUAACAAAUAUUAUUUAAUAAUGACUUCUUUCCAUUUCCAAAAUAUUGGCAAGCGAAAUGUUAUCUAUGCUUAAAUUACAUAUAUUCACAUUCCCAUUUCCAGUUAUUUUGCUUUGCCGAUUUGUCCAUGAAAAAAUUCUGUUAACCCUCUUACAUUCCUUUUUAUUGUCACUCUGUUACAAAUGUAUAUGUGCUUUCAUGCCAACUUGUGAAGACUGAAAUGCAUGCUUCAUAAAAAUUGGCAGUAUGGUUAUUCCAAAGCUGAUAUAUUUGCAUAAAAGACAAUAAUAACUUCACGCAGUACUCGGAAGUAAAUGUUACUAUAUAUAAUACAUAAUAGAAUCCCAAAACUGCUCAUAGUAGUCGAGAGUCUUUAUGCCCUCCCCAACCCCAUAUUUUAUUAUUAGAAAAUAUAUAUGGAAUUAGAUAAAAUUUAGCAUUUUGACAUAUGGCAGUGAAUGAUAAACCUAAGAUAUUAACAGGGAAAGUAAUUGUAAAACUAUAGUCCGUCUCACAAGGAAUUUACUACAAGUUAUUUAUUUCUGAGCAGAUUGUUUUCUAAAUUGGACACAAGAAUAGUAAAAAAAAAUUAUUUGCAAAACACUCUUUUUUUUUUCUUCUGACGUCAACCCAAACUGAAAUUAUUUACAAAAACCCCAUAUUUGUAGGAAGAUGAGAUGGACUAUAGGCAAUUUUUUUUACUGUAUUCAUUGUUUGGUAGUAAUUUUAAUUAUUUUUCUAACUGGAAAUUGGACAGUUAUUUUGAUUUUGGACAAAUUAUUUUUAUUAUGGACAAAUUAUUUUGAUUUUGGACAAAUUUAGCAGGAUUCCAUGAAUCCAAAAUUUUGGGUUGAAUGUGUAAGACUUUUUAAUGGAAUUCCAAACUAAUCUAGAUUACAUAAUUAAAAAAACAAAUUUUGGGGCAGUACCCUAAACAAUUCUCCUAGUUCAAUUCCCAAUUAAGCACUUUUAAAAUAUUGUUGUGUAGUUUAACGUUUUAGCCUUAAUGAGUAGUUUAGCGAGAUCCUUCUUUCACUUUUUAAUUUAUUAUUUUAAACACCAAUGUCUUUGAUGUUCAUAUAUGUUAGCCAUCUUGAUUUAGACGGUUAUAGUUUGUGAAGACAAUCAUAAUUUUCUUUAUUAAUUUGCACGGAGAUACAGCACUCGAUAAAAUCAGAGUUUUUAACAUCACACUUUGUUAAUUAAUUAAUUAAGAUUAAUAAGUGUAUAUACUUGUACAUUAUGAGAAUUAGAAAGUUUAUUUUAGAAAAUUAACUUAAAAAUUUGACCUGAUAAUAUUCAAUGCAAACUGAUGUGGAUUUAUGUGUACACAUAAACCGAGCUAUAGUUCUCGGAGAUCAGAAAAAUGUUGCCGAAUUAUCUAUGACUUAAAAAAAUCUAACAAACCUAGUUAUUUUCUAACAAAAUAUGAACAGUUACCGGUACAUGAAAUUAUUUUGCCAAAUUAAAAUAAAUUCACCGGUUUUUCAAAUUGACAAAUGUCGAAUUUGGCGACUGCCAGAAUUAGCUGUAAUAAGAAUACAGAGCUGAUCAGUUCUGGAGUAGCAGCACCAUAUCUGCCUGAAAAAUAUCUUCAUACUGACUUAUAUAAUCUAUCACACAAAGUUUCGACUCAUCAUGCCCUCCACCCACCUAAAAUCAUUAAAAUUUCACAUAAUUGGAGUGGGCAGCCCCAAUUUUGUCUUGGUUGCAUUGUACUUGCAUAAUGAAAUCAUAUUAAAUAAUAUGCCAUUUUGAAACAGAAACAUUUCGGAUGUACUCCACUCUGCAAACUGAACUGAUUCUAAAAUGGUCUUUUGUCUAUUAUUAUUUGCCUAACUCUUAACUAAUUAAUGUGUUUGGAACUAUUUUUCGUGUAAGUUUUGGUUUUUAGAAUCAUGGCAUUAGCAACACAGCAUGCACCAGCUAUAUACUGCUGUUGUGUUAAAUAUUGCAUGUGUUUGUCAUUUAUUCUAAAGAUACGCGUGUUGUUAGUGUAUCUCUAAACCGCUAUUAUUUAACCUAUCGUAUUGCCCUGUCUCAUUUUAACAUUGUCUGCAUGCAAUGCAUUAAUAAUUCAGUUUGAUUGAUUUCCUGCUAGAUAUUGCCACCUAUAUCUGUUGAUGAGUUCUUUUCUUGCUAGUUUCUAAGCUCUUGUGUGCAUUUCUCAUAGAUAAUUGUUAAAAAUAUAGCACUUGUUGUACAGAAAUGGUGUUACAAUUCUUAAGAUAUUUUGUAAUUUUAAUUUUUUUUAAGAAACUACUAGCAUUUCUAGAUUUGUUUUCCUUCAAAAUUUAUAUUACUGUUGAUAAUUAUUGCUGUUAAUAACAUUACCACACCAGUGAACAAAGUAUGUUUUUGUAUUGUUAUUGGAAAAAACACUUUUUAUCUCAAUAUUAAUUUUGUAAACGUAUGAAGAUGAUACAGAUGUAUUAUUUAGUGUUACACACGGAUGUAAUAACAGCAGUACUGUUUUGGUAGUGUAUUUAAUCUUUUACAGUUGGAUGUUUGCUUUUUAAUAGGAGUACAUGUAAGUUUUGUUAAUAAUUUCAAAUUAUCUGUUCGCUAAAUAUCUAGAAUUUAGUUUUUAAGCAUACAUUUUAUAACUACACAACAUAGUGAACCUUUCUCUUUGCUACAACAAAUGACUCAUCUUUAAACAAAAAAACACAAAAACAUACGUCUAUUUAAUAAUAUGACAGUUUCUGCUUUUGUGGAUGUUAAAUUCAAAGUAGGAUUUAAUGUUAUUUACAACUGGUGUAACUUUCUUGAGCAAAUAAGCUGUAGACUCUUGAUAGAGUAAAAUAUAGUGAUUUCUUUUAGCUGUAUGAAUACAACUCUCCAAACAACUGCUAAUACCAUCCAAUGUUAGGUGUUUAGCAAGCAUCAUUCACUUUCUGCAUGGGGAAGGUUUCAUUUACUUUAUUUUUAUAUUUCAUGAACUGGAUUGGCAAAUAUGCUUUGUUUUAUUUGGAUAAGCUAGUCAGUUUUGUUAGUACUUGUAGUUAUAUGUGUGUAUUUCACAAGCAAAGGUGUGGUUUGUGAAAAAAACACUAUAAUAUAUAGAUCCUUAAUUAAGGGAUAGGGAACUUUAGUAAUAUGCCUGUAUCUAAUUUAGAUUCAGGCACACCCUUAAUGAAGAUUUGCUGAUUGUGUCUUUUUCUCUAAACUAGGUUAGCUUCUCCCAAAAUAACACAAUCAAUAUAACUACCAAAUGAGUUUUGAAAAUAAUUCAUUAGAUUAUUGUUAUUUAAUAGUGUUUUCAUCCUAGUAAGUAACUUUUUUCUUUUUUUAAAAUUAUUUUUAUAAAAAAUUUUUCACAAACUGUGAAGACUAACCCUUCAAAGGUAAUGAUGUGUAAGAAGUUCAGUCAAUAAGACUGACGACCUAGUUAUGGGGGGAGGGAUUAUCCGAUAUAUUUUAUAAUGUUAUGUUACAUAUGUAUGUUAGUUGCAAACCAGUAUAUUUUAUGUUGCUCUUUGUUAUAUAUGUAUAUAUUAUAGUAGUCAGCUGGAUUCUGAUAUAGGGCUUUACUUGUCAGAAGAAUGAGAAGUCAACGUUUAAACAUAUUUGUUAGAAUGAAGAUUGGACUAAUAUGGGUCCAUUUAGUUUCAAAACAGAUUAAAGUUACAAAAUUAAUAGCUACUUGGAAAUACUUCUAUCUAUCUCAAUCUACUAUUUAAUAGUAUUAUAUAUAUAAUUUGUUUUGUUUUGUUUUUUGUUUUUUUUAAGUACAAUAAGUUAUUAUCGGUACCUUCUUUGACACCUUCAAAUACAAUUUACUCAAUAAUGACGACAAUAGGCAUCCAUGGUGCCAAUGAAAAUCGAUUUUAUUCGAAAAUGAUUAAAUUGCCUACAUCAAAGAACUUAGUUUUAAAUUAAUGACAUGUAGGUAAUAUCUUUAAAAAAUGUAAAAACUACACAAAAACGUUUUUCAGUUUGUAAAUAAAUUUUUUAUUAAAAAAAAAAAAAUUGUGCAUUACUCUUUAACAAAGAGUUUUGGGUGGUUUUUUUUUUAAAACAAACAUUUUAAAACAAUAUCCCAUUAAUGCAAGUGGAUCAUGUUGUAAAUAUUUGUACAGUUCACGUCUGAGCACAGCACAUUAUUUAAUCAGAGUCAAUUUUCAUUUUCAAACACAUGUAACACUGUUAGAACAGUAGCGUGUGUUGCACUUUUGGACAGAUAAUAAUCAUACAGGAUGACUGGAAGGAUCAUUAAUUUUAUUAACAUGUCUGUGAUUUUGUUGUAUAUAAACAAAUUAAAACGGGACCAACAUGUUGCAUAUCGUGUAAAUAUGUACAUGAUGUGUGUAUUGGUUUCGAAUACAUUUGUCAUUUCUAGCUUCAUGUGUUGGUUGCUAACCUGUUGACUAAUGGUAUGAUAUACUAGUAUGUACAUUUUGUACAGACUGACAGGUAGAAUAACCAGUUUCAUAAUAAUAAACACCUAUCAUCAUUUUAAAAAAAAAAGACUAUUAAAUAAGAUCAACCAGAUUUGUAUGGAAACUACAGAAGCAUCUGUAAUGUUGCAUGCUGAAAUAUUAUUUAAUUAAACAAAAUUUAGUUUGAGAAGUAUUUUCAAUCUGCUUUUUGUUUGCUUUCAACAUCUCAUUGUAUAUUAAAUAUAUGUAAUCUUGAAAAAGUUUUAUUAUGCUUUUAUUAAAUAAAAAACUUAUAAUUUUCUAAUCUACAAGUCGUCUCUUGUUAGAAAUGCCUAUUCAGCAUCCAGAAGCUGAAGUUGGCAGAGACAACAUUGUAAGACAUCACUGGCGAUUUUACUCUGUACGUAAUUCAUUAUUUGCUGCAGUACUUUUGCACAUCAUGAUUUUAAAGAUGAAUUCUUGUAUUUAUGAAGUUUUGUAUAAAUGACUUUUAUCUGUUCACAGAAUGAACAAAUUAUAAGAAAUAAAAAUAUUUUGAUAUGUA